AGCUCUUAACUAGAGAAAAACCAAUUUCUUUAGAAAAGGUAGAAGGUGAAAAAGUUUGGUCUCUCAUUCCAUUCUUUCCAUGGAAGAGAAUAACCUCUUUAAUAUUCUUGAUGCUUGAGUUAAGGAUAGUUCUGCCCCCUAAAGAAAUUAUAAAGGUUGCUAAACUUGCUUAUUGAUGCUUAAGCUUGAGUGGCAAAAAGCAACCAAGGAUGAUGGAAAUUGCUGUGGAGUUGGAGUAGAUUUGUUUUUUGUACAAUAAUUCAAAUGGUCAAAAAAAUCAUGAAGAGAUUACAUACGUCGAGAUUGACUUAACCAAAUACUAGAAUGUUGCCUUAAAAACUUCAUCGUUAUUAGAUAUAGAUACAGAGCCAUUAUUUUCAAGUGAAUCACGGGGAUCCUAAAUAAAGAAAUUACAUUUUGGCGCCGUCUGUGGGAACCUGAACUAAAGGCUCCCUUGUUGCUCUUAUCAUGGUCAAAACUAGGUCAGCCCGAGGGGGAAACUCGUCUCAACCUCUUGGACGAGGUCAGGCCCCCAGCAACCUUCCACCUCAUCCCCCACCCCCAAUCCCGAAUAUACUCCCUCAUGCUAACCAUACAGAAGGAGGGGAUGAAAAUCAGCCACACAAUUCGACUCACAAUUCAGCCUCUACCGCUAACCAAGACAUAGUUGCAACUCAACUUGCUGCCAUGCAACAGCAGUUUGGUGUCUUUCAGCAAGUGUUGGCUCAGCUGUUAACCCGGAAUAAUCCUGGUGAUCCACUCAUCAAUUUACUUAAUCCUGCCCCACCACAACCCCCAGCCCCACCACAAAAUCCUAAGCCCGUUCAACAUGUUCCGAUUCGAGGUGCCCCACCUCCACAUCCUGCUGUUGACUCCGUACCCUACCCCCUCAACACCAAUAUAGUACUAGAACCCUAUCCCACUGUCUUCAGAAUACCACAACUUGAAACUUAUGAUGGGAUGAAGGACCCUGAUGAUCAUCUACAUGCUUUCUACUCUUGCAUGCAGGCCCAGAACGCCUCUGAUGCGUUGAUGUGCAAAAUCUUUCCCUCUACCCUCCGAGGCAAUGCUCGAACCUGGAAAACUACUUCUGAGCUGAUGCGAGUUAAGCAGAGGGACGGAAAGUCUUUGAAGAAUUUUAUGAGCAGAUUCAAUGAUGCAGUGCUGGAAGUUAAUUCUUUCAAGCAAGCUGUGGGAAUUACAGCGGUGAUCUCGGGUCUUGGCCAUGAGAGGUUCCGAGAUAGUCUGAUCAAACAUCCUGCCAACACCUUCAGCGAGGUAAACAACAGAUCGUUGAAAUUCAUAACUGCUGAGGAAUAUGCCCUGUCGCAGAACCUCACACCUAUUAAGAGCCAACACCCGAACUGGAGAGAUGAGACUCCGAACAGGAAACGGAUGAAGACAACACAGAACCGAGGUCUGAUGUCGACUUCCACCCCGAGAUUCGGAAGGCCGAACUCAACACCUCCGCAACAACCUGCAGGUAAACCUCCAGUUAAUUGGACUCCUUUUAAUUUGCCAAGGUCACAAAUCUUUAUGCAGAUUAAAAAUAAGAUGGACUUGAGACGUCCGGGUCCAAUGAGAACUACCGCUGCUACCAGAGACCAUACAAGGUAUUGUGAUUUUCAUCAGGAUCACGGUCAUACAACAGAACAAUGCAAUAGUCUGAGGUCCGAACUGGAAAGUCUGGCGCAGAAAGGAAUGUUGAAUGAGUACAUUCAGAGAGUUGAACAACCACGGUUUGUCAGGGAACAAGGGACACAGCAUCAAGGAGUCCGCAAUCCCCCAAACAGGCAAGGUGUGGGAUAUCAGCAAGCCCCGCCCCCACUCCCACCACCAGCUAGAGUCAUACAUAUGAUUACGGGAGGUCUGGAAGCAGGUGGAUUGAGCUCUAAGCAGCGAAAGUUGUAUGUCAGAGAGGUUAAGCACCAGAACCGAGCUCAAAAGCGCAAAUUUGACGAUGCUGAGUGGAAGAAUCAACCCAUCACUUUCACCUCUGCUGAUCUCGAAACAGUUGUCACACCUCACAGUGAUCCUCUAGUCACUUCUGUCACGAUCAACAACUGUGAGGUGCAGCGUGUCCUUGUUGACACCGGGAGUGCACCAGACAUCAUGUACUUCCAUUGUUUUGAGAGCCUCGGGUUAGAUCCAGCUCUGUUGCAGCGCUAUGAUGGUCCUAUCUACGGAUUCAACAACCAGCCAGUCCCGGUUGAAGGAGUCCUCACCAUGAAUGUUGCAUUUGGAAGUGGCCGGAGUUAUGUGACCCCUCCAGUUAGGUUUCUGGUAGUCAAGAUGGCAUCCUCAUUCAACGUCGUCAUUGGUCGACCCACACUGACUGAAAUCCGAGCUGUGGUUUCCCAAUCUCACCUAUGCAUGAAGUUCCCAACUCCUACGGGAAUAGCAACGCUGCGCGGCAAUCAGGAGGUGGCCCGACAUUGCUAUAUCACCUCGGUAACACAACCUCAGAAAGGCAAGGCUCAGACACCCGAGAUUAAUUCCAAACAGAUUCCUGAUGAUCGGCAAGUUAUGGAUGUUCAGAUAGUAGAUAACCGACCAGAGGAUGAAACCAGAGCCGCUCCCGUCGAAGAUGUGGAAGAGGUACAGAUUGAUGACAAAGAUCCAAGCUGGAAAACACAUAUUGGGACUAAAUUGAACCCAGAGGAAAGAGCAGAGCUAAUAGCUUUUCUUCGGGCCAAUAAAGAUGUUUUUGCAUGGACUUCAGCAGAUAUGCCGGGAAUUCCCACUUCCGUUUUUCAACAUAAACUCAGCACCAACCCCCUCAAGAAACCAGUAGCCCAGAAGCGACGCCUCUUCGGGGGGGAGAGGUUAAAAGUUAUUAAAGAAGAAGUCGAGAAACUCCUACAAGCCGGCUUUAUCAGAAGGGUAGAUUACUGUGAGUGGGUCGCCAAUCCAGUGUUGGUGAAAAAAGCGAACGGUAAGUGGCGGAUGUGCAUUGAUUACACUAACCUCAACGAUGCAUGUCCAAAGGACUGCUAUCCGAUGCCAAACAUCGAUAAACUGGUUGAGGCAGCUUCAGGAAAUGAGAGAUUAAGUCUCUUGGAUGCGUACUCAGGCUACCACCAGGUCCCAAUGGCUCCUGAGGAUGAAGAAAAAACCUCGUUCUAUGCUGGUGACGAGAUCUAUUGCUAUGUAAUGAUGCCCUUCGGCUUGAAGAAUGCAGGUGCCACUUACCAGAAGAUGGUUACCAUCGUAUUCCGAGCUCAGAUAGGACGGAAUCUGGAAGUUUAUGUUGACGACAUAGUGGUAAAGAGUUUGAAAGCUGACGAUCACUUAACCGACCUUGAGGAGACAUUCAACAAUCUCAGACAGAAUAGAAUGAGGUUAAACCCAGCCAAAUGCAUCUUUGGUGUGGAGUCUGGAAAAUUUCUGGGUUUCAUGGUUUCCCGGAGAGGAAUCGAGGUCAAUCCAGAGAAGAUCAGAGCAAUUGCCGAGAUGGAACCGCCGAAGUCAGUGAAGGAUAUACAGAAGUUGACUGGAAGGGUAGCAGCUCUUCAUCGGUUCAUAUCGAAGUCUGCAGAUAAGUGCUUACCGUUUUUCAAGAUUAUGAGGUAUCCUAUAGCUGAGAAAGCAGCCUUAGCAGUCGUCACUUCGGCCAGAAAGUUGAGGCCAUAUUUUCAGUCGCACCCAAUCAUUAUUCUUACAGACCAACCCCUUCGGCAGAUUCUGCAAAAGCCUGAGUGUUCUGGAAGGUUAAUUAAAUGGGCAGUAGAACUGGGGGAAUUUGAGAUAACAUUCCACCAGAGAUCUGCAAUCCGAGCUCAGGCACUGGCAGAUUUUAUUGUAGAGUGCACACCAGGUAAUUCCAUUCCUACUUCGGAGCCCACUGACUGGACCUUAUAUGUUGACGGAGCAUCUAGUAGCAAAGGUUCAGGAGCCGGUGCUCUCUUGAUCGGCCCAGAUGGAUACCGAAGUGAACAUGCUUUGAAAUUUAACUUCGAUGCAACAAAUAACAUGGCUGAGUAUGAAGCCCUGCUGCUAGGCCUGCAGCUAGCAUUGGAGUUAAAACUCAGUGCGAUCCAAGUCUACAGUGACUCCCAGCUGGUGGUGAACCAAAUUAACUCAAUCUGUGAAGUUGUUGAUCCUGUGAUGGUGAAAUAUGUAGCUCUGGUAACUGAGCUGAGGUGCAAAUUCCAGAAAUUCUGUCUGAGUAAAAUCCCCCGAACGGAGAAUGAACAGGCAGAUUCACUCUCUAAAUUCGCCUCUGAUAGUUCUUCACAUUCCAGAUCAGUUUUUGUGGAGGUCUUAGAUGAACCGAGCUUCAUGAAGCCACGGGUCAUGGAGAUCAGCACCGAUCCAGGCACACCAAACUGGAUUGACCCAAUCCUCUCCUUCUUACGAGACGGGGUAGUACCUGAGAACAGGCAGGAGGCAAUGAAGUUGAGAAGGAAAGCAUCUCGCUAUACACUUGUUGAUGGGAUCCUCUAUAAGCGAUCUUUCUCUCUACCUCUUCUACGGUGCUUGAAUCCCUAUGAAGCAGAAUAUGCACUUAGAGAAGUGCAUGAAGGUGUCUGCGGAAGUCACGUGGGUGCUCGAACUUUGGCUCAUAAAGUCCUUAGACAGGGUUAUUAUUGGCCCAACAUGUACAAGGAUGCCACUCACUUUGUUCAGAGAUGCUUGAAAUGCCAGUUCUUCGCACACCUAACUCACCAGCCUGCAGAAGAGCUCACUACUCUGGUAGCACCAUGGCCAUUCGCUCAGUGGGGAUUGGAUCUUUUGGGUCCAUUCAUGAAGGGGGUUGGUGGUGUAACCCACUUGAUUGUUGGUGUAGAUUACUUCACAAAGUGGGUUGAAGCUUGGCCGUUAUCCAGUCUUACUUCUAAGAAGGUUGAAGACUUUGUUUUCAGCUCAAUCAUCUGCAGAUAUGGGAUCCCGAAUCAGAUUGUGGCUGAUAAUGGAACUCAAUUUAACUGCACCUCCUUUCGAGAUUUCUGUUCCAGCUACGGGAUUAAGUUGCAGUUCACCUCGGUUUACCAUCCGGAGUCCAACGGCAUGGUCGAAUCUGUUAACAAGUGUAUCCUGGAAGGUAUAAAGCCAAGGCUGGAGCAACACAAGGCCAAGUGGGCAGACGAGCUCAACAACGUCCUCUGGGCAUACAGAACUACGAGUCGAACUACUACAGGUGAAACACCAUAUCAUCUGGCCUUCGGAACCGAAGCAGUCAUUCCUAUCGAGAUAGGAGUUCCAAGCUUCAAAGUCACCCAUUUCGAUGAAGGACGGAAUGGACAACUGCUUCGGGAGAACCUUGAUUUGCUUGAUGACCUCAGAGAAGAAGCACGACUUCGAACUCUAGUCUACAAGCAGAAAAUAGCGAACUUCUACAAUAAACGAGUUCGGCCCCGAUCAUUCAAAGUAGGAGACCUUGUUCUUAGGAAAGCUGGUCUAACGGGGUUCGAAACUCGAUUCGGCAAAUUAGCACCAAACUGGGAAGGCCCCUAUACUGUCGCCGAAGUGCCGCACCCCGGUGCUUACAUCCUACGGGACACUGAAGGCAAACGGGUUCCCAGAGUCUGGAAUGUUAAUAACCUGAAGAAGUUUUACCCUUAAGUAUACUUCAUUCGAGUGAACUUUGAUAAUUCUUACUUUCACUCCUUCUGCUCAAUUUAGAGUGUAUUUUAACUCAAUUCAUUAAUAAAUUUCACCUCACGAC